CUUCUCCCUGCCCGGACACGAGCAUCCGCGAGGGCUGAGGGCUAGGCUGCAAACGCCAAGCUCCAAGCUCACGUGAGUACCUGGGUCGAACGCGGCAAAGCGGGUCAUCCUAGCCGUCGCGAACCUCACCAUCACCAUCACAACAAACGCGCUCAACGGCAUCAUUCAUCCUUCGACAACUUACAAGGCGCGCAAUUGAUGGCAAAUCUGCGUGCGCCUGCUGAAUCUACAAUGGCAGAAGCACGAGGCGUGCGCGCCGGCAGCAGGCGCAAAACACCCACCCUGCAGCCGGAAAAGGCACCUGCACGCGCACCGCGACGAUUGCGCAGCCAAAGUCGCGAUAUUGAACCGCUCUCUGAACUGCAAAAGCCAACCCGCCGGAGCGCGCGUCAAGGGAGUGUAACCAGUAUCGCAAGUGAAAGCAAAAAUAAGGGACCGAACGCGCGCAAAACAAAGCGAAAGCCCGCCAAAGAGGCAGCAGGAGAUCUCACACUCGUUGAAGAGAUCGACACCGAAAUUGCCUUUGACGAAGCUCCAGCCACACCCCAACACAUCGACAUCCCUCUCCCUCUGGAGCAGCAAACAUUCCGCUCACCUGGCGCAGCCUCCGAAAUGUCCGGCACUACCGCCAUCUCCUCUUUCUCCAUGAUCGAGGCCGAAUUCUUGGAGCCGAAAUUUAUCAUGAAGCAUAUGCGCAAACUUUGUGAAUCUGCGGAGGAGUUUCUGCAGCAUCUUGCACCCCCAGACGGAACCAUAACUGACGACCAUCGCAACAUCCAGGAAAUGCUGAAGCCCGACUCUGAAUUCGUAGAGGAGUACAAUGACUUCGACGAGGGGUUCAAGCUGUAUCUGAAGCACUUCAAAGGCGAUGAAAACAACUACAUCAAUAUUCGAGCGGUUCAUCGCGCAUUGUUCGGCUUAUACAACGAGGCUGGAGCCUUGCAAUCUGGUGUCAACCUUGUUCUCUACCUGGCCAACGUCCUAGUGUUCGCGAAGCAGAUGAUUCAUUCUGAUCGAAGCGACAAAGAUGUAUGGAAUCGUCUACGACGGCUUGACAACUCUUUCCCUAGUCAGUUUAUAUGCUCGUUGGUUACCAAAAGCUCGCCAACAGCUGUCGGAGACAGUGCUCUGCUGAGAGAGACAUUCGAGUUGGGCUUGGAACUGCGUACUCAACUCGCCAUCCUUUCGCUGGAACGCUCUGCUAGUGAUGGCGAGUUCAAUCCUGACGAGGCUCUCAAUGGGAUCUUUCUCCACUCUGAGGCAUCCCAAGAGAACGGAGACAUCAUUCGUGGCUGGAGUGUGGCAGCGCUUGGUGGGGAAGAAACGAGUCUCUCACAGGAGUUCCAAGACAUCAUCGUGCGACGAUUCCAUGAAUUGAGAGCUUUCCUUCCCACGGAUACGCAGUCGCUGGAGAAUGGGGACCUGGUCGACCUAGAUGGACUGAGCAGCAACUUCCCUUGGGAAGCGACCGUCCUACAACUGCUGCAAUGGACGCGUCUACGGCACCGAGAACUCAGCGCCUCGAUUGAAGCUAUUGGUGGCUCUACAGCGAUACUGGCAAAUGUCAGGAAGGCGGUAGCAGCGCCUCAACCAGCCCCCGAAGAGGUCAGACCCACAACCGCCCCUAGAGAUUCCCCACGCAAGAAGCGAACAUCAUUUGGACACCGAAGACGUAGUAGUCGAAAGUUUGAUCCAAAUGCUCCGAUUGAUCUACGGGCGAUCGAUGCACUCAAAGCCAGAGAGAGAGACUCCGGGGUGCAUUUCGACCCCAAGGUUCCGCAACCGGGCGAUGUAUUCGAAGAAGUAGCUGAAGAGGAAGACCACGCACAACAGACAGUCGAAGAGCAGCCUGAACUUGAGGUUGCGCCCGAGGAUGCGCAAGCUGAGCGCGAGUUGAGUGAACAGAUUGACCAAAUUGAACAAGACGUCUGGGAGCAGACACCUGGCGGGGACGAUCAGCAACCGGGAGAAGCGACCCUCGUAGCAGGAGAAGACGAUUUCGAAGACGUCGAUGCAAUCGCUCCUUCAGGACCACCUAAAAGCACACAAGACAUCUUGGCCGCCCUGAAGUCGGUCCAACCCACAGGCAAAGAAAACCGCAAGGCUGCUAGGUUUGUCGAUCGACAACCUAAUGCUGUGCGCGUCGAAUUCGAAGACGGCUUUGGGUCCAGCCAACCCACCCCCGGCCCCUCGAACAGGGUCCUUGACAAGGGCAAGCAGCACGCCAAACCGCCGCCGUCCGCCUCUAGGAAACGCGCACGUUCAGAAGAGGAUGAAGAUGACGACGACGACGACGACGCCUUCGAGUCUGGCGACCGGACAGCUCACGUUGAAGACCGCCGCCAGAAAGCACCAAUCUCCAAGAGAGUGCGCGUUGAACCCCCCUCAUCCGCUCCAGCACCCCCAUCCCACCAAGCCGUCCGCGCUUCCCAGACGGUCCGCGCGCCAGAAGACGAGGAGCUGCGCAUCUCACAGUGCUACCAACGUGUAUCCGCCUCCCCCGCACCCACAGCACCGCGCGUUCAACAGGAAGACAGCCUCUCCGAAACCGAAACCGAAGCGCCGGACAUGACCGAAACCCUACCUCCUCACUCCACAUACCAAGACCAGCACAACCUCGCACGCCAGAACAGCGCCAUAGGUGGCGCAGGUCGCAUGCGCCAGCCACGACGAACAUGGACUGCCAACCAAGAGGAGGCGCUUGUCGAGUACAUGGAGCGAUUUCAGGGGUCUUACGCACAGAUCGAGAAAUUCGAUCGUACCGACGAAGGCUACGGCGUGCUGGGCGACUUUACCCAGGUCAAUCUGAAGGACAAGGCGAGGACUAUGGCGGUUAAUAUGAUUAAGUCUGGCACGGGAUUGAGGCCGGGAUUCGAGGAAAUUAUCAAGGAGACCUCGAAGGAUGGGAAGAAGUUGCUUGAGGCUGGGUUUACAUGGUAGUUGUCCGGCCAUCCACGUUUCUGGGAGGCCUUUUCAUGUUAUUGAUACCUGACGUUACGUC